UUAGAGCAGCGCGAGCCCGGCCAGCCCGCACCGUGUGUCACACCGAGGAGAGCCCGGCCAGCCCGCACCGUUUGUCACACCGAGAAGAGCCCGGGAGAUGAGCGGGAGCCUCGGGCCCCUGUAACCGGCAGCGGCCGCCUGGUUUGUGGCUAUAGACGGACUCAGCCCCCCCGAGCUCGCCCCCUGCUCCCGGUCACUGUUGGGGAUCACUGACCGGCCCCGCGAUGGACCCCGGGUCCCAGCAGGAUAUCGGCCAGUCCCGCAAUGCCGUCAGCCAGAUCGUGCAUGUCCGGGGGGACUCGGAGACCGACCUGGAGGCUCUAUUCAACGCUGUCAUGAACCCCAAAACGGCCAACGUGCCCCAGACUCUGCCAAUGAGGAUGAGGAAGCUCCCCGACUCCUUCUUCAAACAGCCCGAGCCCAAAUCCCACUCCCGACAGGCCAGCACAGAUGGGGGAUCUGCCGGAACCCUGACACCGCAGCAUGUUCGAGCGCAUUCCUCCCCUGCAUCGCUGCAGCUGGGGGCAGUCUCUCCAGGUGCACUUUCCCCUCAAGGAGUGGUCUCCGGCCCAGGACCUGCUACUCAAGGCCAGCAUCUUCGGCAAUCUUCCUUUGAAAUCCCCGAUGAUGUUCCUUUGCCUCCAGGAUGGGAGAUGGCAAAAACACCGUCUGGACAAAGAUAUUUUCUGAAUCACAUUGAACAAACUACAACAUGGCAGGACCCCAGGAAGGCAAUGCUUUCACAGAUGAACGUUACUGCUCCUACAAGCCCUCCCGUACAGCAAAACUUAAUGAACCCAACAGGUCCACUGCCAGAUGGGUGGGAGCAGGCACUGACUCCUGAAGGGGAGAUUUACUACAUAAACCAUAAGAACAAGUCCACAUCUUGGCUAGACCCACGGUUAGAUCCACGUUUUGCUAUGAAUCAGCAAAGACUCAGCCAGAGUGCACCGGUAAAAUCCCCACCGCCACUAGCACCGCAGAGUCCCCAGAGCGGGGUGAUGGGAGGUAGCAACAACCAGCAGCAGAUGAGGCUUCAGCAGCUUCAGAUGGAGAAAGAGCGUCUCCGACUCAAGCAUCAAGAACUGCUUCGGCAGGUGAGGCCACAGGAAUUAGCUCUUCGUAGCCAGCUGCCAAUACAAACUAUGGAGCAGGAUGGCGGAACCCUAAAUCCAAUUUGCUCAACUGGGAUAGCACAGGAGCUGAGAACCAUGACUCUCAACAGUUCUGAUCCGUUCCUCAAUAGGAGGAAGCAGGAGCUAUCUCAGUGUGUGCUGCCGUUGGAUCUUCAAGGAAAAGGAGUAAACAGUGGAACAUAUCACUCCAGAGACGAGAGUACAGAUAGUGGGUUAAGCAUGAGCAGUUACAGUGUUCCACGAACCCCUGACGAUUUUCUAAAUAGUGUUGAUGAGAUGGACACAGGUGAUGCAAUCAACCAAAGCACUAUGCCCUCCCAAUCAAACCGGUUCCCAGAGUAUUUGGAUGGGAUUGCAGGAACAAACGUGGACCUUGGUACACUAGAGGAAGUUGCAAUGAACGUUGAAGGCGAGGAACUAAUGCCAAGUCUUCAGGAAGCUUUGAGUUCCGACAUCCUAAAUGAUAUGGAGUCUGUCCUUGCAGGUGGCAAGAUAGAUAAAGAAAGCUUCCUCACAUGGUUAUAGAGGCACGAACAAAAUUGCUUGCAAUAUUUUCAGAAAAAUCUAAAGACCUAGACUGCCGAUGGCUUUUCAAAAAAAUAAGCUGCAUUGCAGACUGCUUGGUUAUAUUCUGCAAAGAAAAGAAAAAAGCAAGCAUUCAAAAACUCUUUUUUUCAUUUGUUUUAUUUUUCUUGUUUUUGUUU